AUGGCGAGGAUUAAGGUACAUGAGCUGAGAAACAAGGCGAAGACCGAUUUGUUGAGUCAGUUGAAGGAUCUCAAGGCUGAGCUCGCUCUUCUCCGAGUCGCCAAGGUCACGGGUGGAGCUCCGAACAAGCUCUCCAAGAUGGUUUCAGGGCAAAGCCGGAGCAGCAUUUGUAAUAGCAGCUGCUUCAAAACAAUGGCGAGGAUUAAGGUACAUGAGCUGAGAAACAAGGCGAAGACCGAUUUGUUGAGUCAGUUGAAGGAUCUCAAGGCUGAGCUCGCUCUUCUCCGAGUCGCCAAGGUCACGGGUGGAGCUCCGAACAAGCUCUCCAAGAUAAAAGUGGUGAGGCUGUCAAUUGCUCAGGUAUUGACUGUGAUUUCACAGAAACAGAAAGCUGCUCUCAGGGAAGCAUACAAGAACAAAAAAUACUUGCCUCUUGAUUUGCGUCCCAAGAAGACCAGAGCUAUCCGUCGACGUCUUACCAAGCACCAGGCAUCGCUGAAGACUGAACGGGAGAAGAAGAGAGAGAUGUAUUUUCCCAUGAGGAAAUAUGCUAUUAAGGUGUAG